UGAGUUCCGAGUCGGGCGGAUGACGCUCAGCUAGACCCGGCCUGUUUCGGGCCGCCAUUUUUUAUCUCGGGAAGCGUGCGAGUUCGCGUCGUGUCUUAUCGCGUAGUUUUACGGAAAUACUGACUUGGUUCUGAUACGGGCCGAAAUAUGCCGAGUUUUAGCAGUGUGGGCACGUUCAAAAUCUUUAUCGGGAAUCUCGCGGAUAAGACUGCGAACGGCGAUAUCAAGCCCUUAUUUGAGAAAUAUGGAAAGGUCGUGGAAUGCGACGUCGUAAAGAAUUAUGGAUUUGUGCACAUGGAAAAUGAAGAGGCUGGCAGAAAUGCAAUUCAAAAUUUAAAUGGACAUAUGGUCCAUGGACAACCAAUAAAAUGCGAAGCAGCCAAAAGUCGCAAAGGGCCAAACACUCCGACAACCAAGAUCUUUGUCGGCAAUCUAACAGACAAUACAAAAGCACCCCAAGUGCGCGAACUUUUCGCCAAAUAUGGUACUGUCGUUGAAUGUGAUAUCGUGCGAAACUAUGGGUUCGUGCAUCUAGAAGCGACAGGUGAUGUGAAUGAUGCCAUCAAGGAGCUUAAUGGACAGAUGGUGGAUGGACAACCUAUGAAGGUUCAAAUUUCCACUAGCAGAGUGCGACAGAGGCCAGGAAUGGGUGAUCCUGAACAAUGUUACCGAUGUGGCCGUGGUGGCCAUUGGUCUAAAGAAUGUCCUAAAGGGGGUAUGGGAGGAGGACCGGACCGCAAUGGAUUCAGGGACCGAAUGUUUGGACGUGACCCAUAUCCUCCACCGCCGCCACCACCUUUCCUUCGCGACAGGUUGAUGGGUGGUGGCCGCUUUGGAGAUUAUGAAAGCUACUACGACAGGAGAGGAUUCGAGGACACCAGGGACCUCUACGAGAGGCGGUUUUCGGGUAUGACAGGGCCUCGUGACAUGGGAAGUUCCAUGCGCGGGCUUGACUUUCCAAUGCCACCACUACCCCCAAGUCGAGACCCAAUGCCUCCUAUGCCUCCUCUAGGUAUGGGAUCCAUGCGUGACAGCGGCUUCUCCCGUGGCAACGAGUACGGGAUGUUCAGCCGGCGAUCACCUCCUCCGAGUGGCAAUAACGGACGAUUCAGUAGAGGGAUGUACGAGGACUUCAGCCGAGAUUCGUUCGAGGAGCGUAGACCGGGAAUACGAGGGCCAUCGCCGUCGCGCCGGUUCGCACCAUACUAAAGCGUCGCGUCGGGAUCUCGGAUCGGUCGGUCUGUCGGUCUCUGUCUGUCGCUAGCAGGAAGCCUCGGGACCGAGAUACUCUUGGCCGUCUGUCGAUCUGCACGCGCGAAGAUCUGCCGCUCCGCUCUGUCUGAACACGCUGCCCCCCGCAGUGCGCUAUACAAACAGAAAAUACCUUCUUCUUCUUCUUCUGAGUUUUCAUUAUUCCUCCUGACCCAAGACUCUACUCGAUCCAAAGCACCAUCCUAGUUAACCUCCUGCACCGUUUUCUCGUGAGUCCCGCAUAUCCCCGCACCAAGCAAAAAACCCCACUGGACACUACAGUUUAACCAAGUAAAAGAAAAAGAAAGAAAAAAAAAAACAAUAUAAGGAAAAGAAACAUCCCUACCUUCCGAAAUGCCUGCUUCAUGUUUUAUUACUCGUACAGAAGAUUGUUAGGAUCUUCUUGGAUAUCUCGGUGAUUUCCAAAAAAGAAAAAAAAAAAAUCGGACCUGUACGCUUCGUAUGCUAAUGUAAUUAUGUAUAUUUAUUGAGAACGCCUAUAUAGCUAUACUAGGAGGAACGUGCUUGACACUCUAUAAGAAACUUUGGAACUUCAUGUAGGAUGAAAUUUUUCAGCGAGCGAAAAUAUGUAUUAAAAACAUCAGAUGCGUUGUAAUGUUUAGCAGCAGACACGUUAUACCUACUGCGCGAUUACGUCGUUGAGGGUAACGGUCUCGAAUUCUUGACAAUUCGAAUCGUCGUACUACGCUAGAGGUCACUGAUGUGUAUAUUUUUUGUCGCCUCCUCUCUCUCCCCCCUCUUUUCCUCACCGCACAUAACCAACCCCUCUCUUAACCUUUUAUAUUAACCCAAUAAAAAUUACUUCGUGUACCAAUCGAACCAACUCGUUAAAUUCAAUAAGACAGAUUUUUUUUUUUUUUAUUAUUGUCAUUAAUCUCAAUUAGCCUUUUGAUUUUAUAUCGGUUCUCGUUAGGUGUGCCGACUCCUUUUUUCUUUUGUUUUACUUUUAUUUUCGUCUAUGCGUACCAAGCAACUUGUUUUGCCUCUUCUCUCUUACUCGUCCAAUGUAUUGUAAGCGGUGCGACCGAAAGCAUCGGAUUGAUCGAAUCAGGUAAGCGUAUAGGUCCGGUGACACACGUUAAUCAUCCCGUAAUCAUUACUAAAGUACAAUUGGACAUAAAAGGAAAAAAAAAAAAAAACACCGUAGAAAGUGUCGGUUCCAGAACCGGGAACCUACCUUGUACUGGGUCAAGCGGCUAUAUACCAUAGGAUAGUGACGUAAACAUUUUAUUAAGUUAGGAUUAAUCGACAUGAACUUAUCUGAGUAUAAACGGUAAACAGUUUGGCUCGUUUAGUUUGUAACGAAGAAGUAUCUCGCGCGAGAAUACUGCACUGGUUGGUGUAAGUUUUUUUUCCCCCCUUUUCUUUCUUCUCUCUUCCUUUCCUAUAUAUAUAUAUAUAUAUAUAUACUUUUUUUUUUCUUCGUAAGACCUCGUGUUUUCACUAAUUAUAUAUCGCUGAAAUUAUGGAAUGUAAUACAAUGUAUCUGUGAAAUUCACGAAAAAAGAAAAAAAAAACUCAAUAA